UUCAGGACUGCUGCGCUGUCCAGCAUCUCUAGUACACCAGAUGACUUUUCACAACCCACACGCUCAGUAUUAUUCUCUAUUGUAAUGUGUAUAGAAACCUGAACAAGCUAAACAGAACACACCUGCUGUGUAUGAAUGACUUACAACCUCUGAAUCGAUUCAUCUGUGCAUAUCUAACCAUCUGCGAAAGCGCCACAGAGCGCAUUGUGCUGAGAUUGGGGAAAUCGGAUAGGACCCGGUAGCGCAGCGGCAGUUCAGCAAAGAGCUUGAUAUGCUGUUUCUCUUGGCUUGACAUUUUUUUUGGGGGGGGGGAGUCAAUUUUGCUGCGGCGCUGUUCGUGACAUUGCGUCUUGUCGGAGCGGGUGGGAGAGCCGCCGGUGGACCGUGAAGAUGGCGGAGAACGCUGUCAACGCUGCUGUCAACACAACGACAGCUGCUAAAGUAAUGACAACACCUUUAACUCCAGAAAAGAGACUUCAAACCAAUGGCCACGCCUCACCAACUUACCAGAAAACCAACCAUUGCAGCCCUACUUUAAAACAAACCGAUGCACUGAACCCACCUGCUAUCACAGAAAAAAAACCUCGGACCAAUGGGCAUGCUUCACCUUCUCGCCAUCUGGCCAAUACCAAUGCAAAUGCAGGUAAACAAUAUGUGGAAGGCUAUUUGAAGACGGAUGAUAGGAUGAGGCUUGCCAAAGAAAGACGUGAGGAGAGGGAGAAGAGUUUGGUUGCACGGGAGCAAGCUAUAAAGGAGAAGGAGAGGCGGUCACAGCUGCAGUAUGAGAAGACAGUAGAAGAGAGAUGGAAGCGAUUGGAUGAACAGAGACAGAAGGAGGAGCUUCGCAGAGCAGCGGUGGAGGAGAAGAGAAGACAGCAGUUAGAGGAGGAGAAGGAGCGUCUGGAGGCUCUUAUGAGAAGGUCACUGGAGCGCAGUAUGCAGCUGGAGAACAGGAAUAGACGCUGGGCCUGGGGUCCCAACGGCCCCACUCAAGGUGACUGGGAGAAUGCCCCGCCUCCUCUCUCUGCUGCCACCGCCUUGCCCCAUGACCUCGCUGCCCCCUCUCCUGCUGCCAUCGAAUCAGGCAACGUGCCCUCCAGUCCCCACAGGUCACCAUACCGAGGGUCACCCAGCCGCCGCAGAACCAAUGCAAUGCCAGAGGAGUCCAUUGGAGCUAUAAGUGCCCCCAAUACUCCUAAGAAGGAGAGAUUGCUUAGAGAAAGAAGAACUGGCUCUUCGGCCACAGGUUCACCAGUGAGACGAGCUAAAUCUCCUGCUGAUGUCACCCGGCGCUCUGCCUCACCCGGCACACCAAAGUUAUUGCCUAAGAGUCGUACUCAGUCACCCUCUACAAUGUGGCAAUAUCCACAAUCCCCUAUGAAACACAGACCUGUAACAUCGGUCAAUGACAGUGACAAGAAGACAGAAGACAAGGUCAUGGACAAACAAGCUGAGGACGGCAAAAGUCAGGACAUUAAGGAAGGCAGGUCUGUUAAGGCUGAGGUCCAUCAGAACAAAAGCUCAAACAAUGAAAGUUUGGCUAAGGCAGCAAAACUGGAGACAUCUGUUUCUAGUACUCCAACUCCAGAGAGGAGAACACUGAAGAUAGAGAGCUCCAGUAACGGUGCAAAGGAGAAGAAAAGUGUAGUUAUGGAAAAUCAAGAAAAAAAGAAUGGCAAGAUGGAGACCCCUGAGAAAAAACUCCUUAAAUCAAGCUAUAAUGAUGUGACUGCUGACAAGUUUGCAGAUCCUUCACCUGUGAACCCUGCUGGCAAGAUGGUUGUUGGAACAACAGAUGCUGAGGAGGCAUCACGUCUGCUUGCAGAACGCAGACGCUUGGCCAGAGUACUGAAAGAACAGGAGGAGAAACAGCGCAGGGAACUGGAGGAGCAGGAGAAACUAAAAGCUGAGCAGCUUAAGAAGAAGCAGCUGGAGGAAAGAGCCCAACAGGAAGAAAAGGCUCGUCAAUUAGAGGAGGAGAAAUACAGACAACAACAACUACAGACAAAGAGAGAGGUGGAGGAGAAAAAAGAAAAAGAGAGAAAAGAGAAAGUGCUCCAGGCACAGAUGGAGAAAGAGAAAGUGGAGGCUGAGAUGCAUGCUCAGAAGAAUGCAGAGCGAAAUCGUCAUGAGAGAGAACUUGUUAAACAACAGGAAGAACAGGAGAGACAACAGCGAAAAAAGAGAAUUGAUGAGAUAAUGAAGAGAACCAGGAAAAGUGACGAGAUGAAGAGAGAAGAUAGCAAGGAGCCCGGAUCCCCUGUCUCUCCUCCAGGUGGAGUCCAUUCAUCCUCGAGUGCAAGUGCUGAAGUCAACUCGCAGGCGAACCUUAUCCACACAACCGCUGCAUCAAACAUACAGGCAAAUGUUCAAUCACAUGGCCAGACUGUCGGGAAAAGACCAGAGAGUACGAAUGGACAGGUUAAGUCAUCUGCUCACAUAUCCCCAAAAAAACCCUUUUCAAAUGGCCAGAUGAACACUGACCUCACUGUGGUGAAAACAGAAGAGAAAGGAAAAGUAAAUGAAGAAAAUACAAAGACUAUCCGACAAGAGAGUGAACAGAUGAAGACUCACAAUUUCCAAGUGAAAGGAGAGGCAAAAAGUCAGGUUAACCGAGAAGACACGUCAUCAGCAAAAGUGCAGGUAUCCCCACUGAAGAGCUCCUCUCAAAACACAGUAGUGAAGGUACCUUCAAAUGUACCCACUAUCAAUGCACAGGAAGGUAAUCUGUUAAAGCAGGAGAACAACUUAACCAAUGGAAAAAGUCAAACUAUCACUCAGGUGGCCAGUAACCAAGUGAAACUACAGCUCACCGAACAAAUAAAUAAAGUGGCCACAGCUCAGGGACCCAAGAAGGAUAGCACUGUGAAGAAAUCCGAUAUCUCUCAUGCAAAAGGACAGAGUGUCCAGGGGAGCUUGACGGUAACUAUCCCACAAGCAAUGACUGGUGGACAUACAGUAACACCCUCUUUCUUGACCACAUUGCCAGAAACAAAACAUCCACUCCCUCUUAUUCAUCUGGACACUUUGGAAGGCAAGAGUGGAGUGGCUGAGGAUUGUGCAGAUGAAGUGCAGUUCAUGAAGGUUAGUCCUGUCUUAAAGGAUGAGUUAAUCUCCAUACCAGAAUUCUCCCCAGUAAAUUCUCCCCAGCAGAAUGGAAUGAAUAACGUGCGUGCUCUCGAGGACCUGCUGGACCUGACGGGGCAAGUUGCUUACCCCAGACUCUCUCCUGUAGCCAGCCUGGGCGACUGCAACAAGAAUCUUAUAGAAGGGAUCUGUAGCCCUGGCCCUGACUCUAAACUCAUCCCCAACAACCCUCCAACCUCUGACAAACACAACCUAAAAUAAAUUGGUAAGGUAAUUUUGGAGCAGACUGUGAGGAUAAUCAAGGAUCUCUUACAACAGAAAAGCAGAAAGGAGAAAAAACGGAAAUGAAGAAAAGAAAAAUAUUUCUUUAUUGCUGGGCAUGAGUGGUAAAUUCUUCCAUCGAGUUCCGAUCUUCUCAUUACAAAUUAUAUGAUAUCCUCCUAUCUAUUUCAGCACAAAAGUCAAGUUUUCAUCCAUUGUGACAAAGCCCAGGCUGCCUGGUUCAGUAUUUUGGACAGAAUUUAACUGAAGCGUGAAGUGGAUGCUAGAUAUGUUAUGCGUGCUUUGUAUGGAUGUUUUUUCAUAUAUCAAUAAGGAUGGCCAAAAUUGCUAGUAAGAGGGUUUGGACAUAAUACUUUGAAUGUAUAAGACAGAACACUGAUUGGUUACUCCGAACCGAAACUCUAUGGAGUCAUUCAUAAUAUGUAAUAUUAACUCUUUGUAGUUAGAAAUACAUGAUAUGAAGGUUUCUUGUAAUGACUUUCUCUCGUUGGUAAAAGAUUAUUAUUCUAAUUUGUUUGGUUGAGUAAUUGCUUUGUAUUCUAUGUUCAACUGACUAAGAUUCUUUGUCGUGCAUCAGUUUACUGAACACCCAGUUUGCUAUAAAUGCUUAUACCGCUGUGCAUUAGCACACUGGAGAAUUCACCUCUUUCAAUAUCAUGUUGGUCAUUAGUGAAUACAGAAUGUAUAAUAUACAAAUUUUAAAAAAAUAUUUGAAAGCCCUUGUUUACCAAUAAGUAACUGAACUUAAAUUAGUGUUAUAUUCCUCCGGUCCUAUCACUGUUCUUAUCAAUGUAGCUUCAAUCUAUUUCUCAGAACUUCUUUUGACAAAUGUAAACCAAUUAUGUCAGUAUUGAUUUUAAUUUCUUGACAUCAACAAAAGUAUUAUGGUCCAAACCAAAUACCCAUUGGUGUGCUUUUACUUAACAAAACAUUUUAAUAGUCUGUGAGUGUUUCAGGUGUACAUAUUUCUAGAGUGGGUGGGUAUGAGAGAUGAAGGCUUUCUUGCAUAAUUGCUCUAUAUUAUGUGGAUGCAUGAAAAAAAAAAAAGCAUACUUGAAAAACUGUAUAAUUAGCUUGCAGAGAACCUCUGGACCAGGUUAUAAGAUGGUAACUCCAAGUGUCUCCACUUCAUUCUCUUGGUUAUCAACGCAGUACUACAUUGAAUUUAAAAUGUGAUUGUGUAGUACUAUGAUGUGCAUGGUGGCAUGAGCAUCAAGCGCUAAUUAUAGACCUAGAAAUAAACAAAUAAACUUUCUUUACCAGCUCAUGUGUCUUAUGUACA